GUUCAGGUUUUGGUGUCGACUGGUUUCCCGCACACGAUAGUUUUUACCAGUUGGACUAAAUGCGCAGAACUUGCCUCAAACUUUAUCAACAAACAUAAAACAGCAUCCAAACAAAAAGGAGCAGAAUGGCAAUUUUCAAGAUCCUAUUUAUUCUUCUUGCGCUGUGUAUAUGGUGUGGGAAAUGUGAUGUGUUUUAUAAGCGAGUUGGGGAAGAUGUUUCCAUGAAGUGUGGAGUGGAUUCAAACAGUGAUAUAGAAUGGACAUUUAAUGGCCUGCUCAUUUUAAGCAUUAAAGGCAAAAGUGGGAUGAGACGGAAGGGUACUUCACAUACUGCGAGUAAAGCAAGUUUAAAUGGAGACACUUUGAGGGUUCCUAAACUGGAGACAAGUGACUCUGGAAACUAUUUCUGCAAGCAGUCAGAGAAACAAUACGAAGUGUAUGUUGUGUCAGUCUUUGUGAAACCAGGCCCAGUGCUGCUGAAAUCUAGUGACGCAGAGCUGCACUGUGAAAUUACAGGAAACCCAAAUACUAAAGUACAGUGGCUGAGACCCCCUAAUAAUGAAGAAUAUAAAGAAAACAAUCAAGUAAUUCAACUGAAGUCUGUGACUUCAAAAGAAGAAGGCCUGUGGACGUGUAAAGUCAAUGAUGAGUUGAAGCUCAGUGUAACAUUGACUGUUGUUGAUCUCCAGAGCACAGAUGUUAAUGCUUCUACUGGGGACGACAUAGAGCUGCCCUGUUCUCUUCCUCAGAGAGUAUCUCAGCGUGUUUUGCGUGGGGGAUGGAAGGCUGACCACCUCAAAGAAGUCUCUUUCCCAACCCUGACGAACACAAACGCAGGCUUACACUGGGACAGCAAGGAUUUAUCAAGGGUCAACUUUACCAUUGGGCAGCUCAGCACCAACUUUGAUGUCACUUUGAAAAAUGUGCAGAAGAGUGAUGAAGGGUUGUUUGUGUGUACAGUGGAGUUUGAGGGUGGAGUGAUUCUGAGUGCUAAGAUGACUUUGACGGUUGUCGAAAAAAAACUUUCAGUUGUAAAGGGGUCCACUGAAAGGAAAGAGAAACCACCUCCAAUUAUGGAAUCCUUGAGCAAGAAAGUGUAUGGUCUAAAGCUGUGGAUCUGGAUUGCUGUAGGAGCCAGUUCUCUGAUUCUGAUCGCACUUAUCGUCGUGAUUGGAGUUGUUCAAAGAAGGAACAAACGGAUGAAGAAGAGGGUGAGGAAGCUGAGAUCCAUGCGGCAGCCUCUUACAGAAAACAACUACUGUCAGUGCAACAGCACUGAGAAAGAAGUGGAGUUUGGAGUGCAAGCGAGGCCACUUCCAGUUCCCAGGCAACACCGCAACCCACGUACACGUACAGCAGGCCCAAAGCAUACCAGCUGAGAGGAGCAGAGCGCAAGACAACAACAAAAAAACCUUGCCAUGCUGGCCUGUGGUUUUAAAUGUGCUUCUUGCUUAAUGAUGUCAAAUAAGACAUGCACUUAUCAAGAUUUGUUUUAGAAAUGGGCAAUGAUUAUCUAGUGUUUACUGUACAUUUAAAUUACAUUACUGUACAUCGCAGAGUCUAUAAAAUGUUUUUACUAUUGUACUAUUUGAAUGACAAGAAUGUUGAAUGUUUUUUUUCUUUUUAAAUAAAAUUUUUAUAUUAUUUUAA